AUGCCCUUAGAAAAUUGGUCGAAAAUCUGUAUUGGAUGGUCUGCGGUUAUCGUCGGUGGAAUAUACUCGUUUUACCUGGCCCGCGUGAGUGUCGACAAGAGGCGCUAUGAGAACAUGAAAAUUAGGGAACGCAUGCGACAAGCGAACUCUGGUCAAUACGAAGACAGUUACAGGAAGUUCUCUACCAUGUCGCAAAAGGAGGCGCAGAACAUGCAGUUGAUCCAGGAAUUGGAGAUCGAAAUGAUGGCCGACAUGUACAAUCGAUUGACCGCCACCUGCCACAAGAAAUGCGUCCCUCCGAUAUACGGGGACGCGGAAAUCGCCAAAGGCGAGGCCGUUUGCAUCGACAGGUGCGUCGCCAAAUUCCUGGACAUCCACGAGCGCAUCGGCAAAAAACUGGGCCAAAUGUCCAUGCAGGACGAGUCCCUUUUGAAGAAAUAG